CCAGCCUGCCCCUGGGACCGGACGCAAUGAGCCCCUGAAGAAGGAACGGCUCAAAUGGAAGAGCGACUACCCCAUGACCGAUGGGCAGCUUCGGAGCAAACGGGAUGAAUUCUGGGACACGGCACCUGCCUUUGAGGGCCGCAAGGAGAUCUGGGAUGCCCUCAAGGCUGCCGCCUAUGCUGCCGAGGCCAAUGACCAUGAGCUGGCUCAGGCCAUCUUGGAUGGAGCCAGUAUCACUUUGCCUCAUGGCACCCUCUGUGAAUGCUAUGACGAGCUGGGCAAUCGUUACCAGCUGCCCAUCUACUGCCUGUCACCACCCGUGAACCUGCUGCUGGAGCACACUGAGGAGGAGAGUCUGGAGCCCCCCGAGCCUGUCCCCAGUGUGCGCCGUGAGUUCCCACUGAAGGUGCGCCUCUCCACGGGCAAGGACGUGAGGCUCAGCGCCAGCCUGCCUGACACAGUGGGGCAGCUCAAGAGGCAGCUGCACACCCAGGAAGGCAUCGAACCAUCCUGGCAGCGGUGGUUCUUCUCUGGAAAGCUGCUCACAGACCGCACACGGCUCCAGGAAACAAAGAUCCAGAAAGAUUUUGUCAUCCAGGUCAUCAUCAACCAGCCCCCACCACCCCAGGACUGAUGGGCCCGUGGACUCCUGGGAAGAGAGGCCAUGGAGGGCCUCUGCAGGGCUGAGCAGCUGGCCUGGAGCACGAGGCCCCCCACCCUGCUGCUGCCUUCAAGUGCUGUUGUUUUCUUUAAGGGCAUCUCCCCGCUCUAUGGCUCUGGGUGAGCCAUGAAGGGUCCCUGCCUCCCAGGGGCACUGUGGGCCACCAGUGCCCAGCACCCAGGGAACAAUGCUGCCACACACAGGCCUUGCCAACCUUGUCAGAGAAAAGGCGACUGGGGCCCUCCACCCUGCAUCUCUCCUGAAGCAGGUUGGAGCCACAGGGGCCAGCCUGGAGGCCCUGAGGCCCAGAUCUGUCAUCCGGUGCUGCGCUGUGCUCACUUUGGUUUUCUGCUCAGGGUCGGGAAGCAGCUGCUGUCUCCCUCCUCCGCUCCCACCCUGACUUUUCCCUGGGCACAGUGCCAGUCCCCUUGGGAGGAGGGAACCACCAGUGAGUCCCAGGGCUUGGGGAGCCUGAGGCAGGCAGGCCUCUGCCUCUCCCUGCCUCCAGCACAAUUGGCAGAGGUGAGGCAGGGGGCUGGAUGGUUGGGCUUUGUGGCAGGGGUCUGCACGGGGCCAUUUCCUGGCUGUAACUCAAGUGGUGGUGGGUCUGCAGCCUGGUCAUGGCCUCCUCAGCAGGUCCUCAUGUACAGACAUAUGUGCAUAUUUAUCAAUAAAGCCUUUGGCUCCUC